UUGUGACCUCCCCUCGGCUGCUGAAAUAUACUUUUUUUUUCUUCUCCUUCCAAUCUGCAAGAGGCCUUCAAAUAAUAGCAUUACUGCACUUGGCUAAGUCUGGAUUUCUUUACCCCAAAGCAGCCUGGAGAGAUUCGGUCAGCCGGUUCCACAGGCAGCUCCUGGGACCAGCGCUCAGCCUCCAAGUGUCAGAGAGCGAUAAAGGGAGAUGGCCCAAGAGAUAGCCGCUGGCUCUGCAUGGAGGGAAGCCACAGCCUUUGGCACCCCAAGAUAACCCGGUCUCCCCGUGCCGGGCGCGCGCACCCCUGGCCUCCCCGCCCGCCAGCAGGACAGGAACCGGGGCUGCGGCUUCAACGUUUCCUGUUUGACAGAAAGAAAAAGGGCGAGGGAGCAGCACCCUGAAGUCGCUAGUACCGCGAUGACAGCUGGUAGUGCAUUUGCACCCCACAGCACCGCACUCGCCCCGCUGCUCCGCGGUGGCUGAGUAGGAGCCGGGUAAGUGCCCUGCGGCACCGGGGCUGCCCUGCUCAGCGCCGAGCACCUUUUUUCCACUUUUUUUUCACCCUGCUCUCAGCCUACAUGAUUGACACGGGGAGGCUGUAACAUGAACCGGCAAGAAACAAUUUUUUUGUUUGUUUCCCUUGAAGCAAGAAACGUUAACAACUUGGAAAGCAAAGAUAGAGGACACGUUUGUUAAUUAGAGAGGGUUAUUUGGGGUAACAGAAGAAGGAAAUAAAGUAUUAGCUUGUCAAGAAGGCCUCAACAGCUUGCUCAGCUUGGGGACGGAGGCCUGUAGUGGUGGCCCCAGCAUGAUCAGCCCUCCCGAGCGGGCCCGGCCGCGGCGCACGGGCGAGAGCUACGAGGAGAAGUGCGAGCGGCGGCACGAGACGCGCGAGGCCUUGCGGCGGCGGAGCCACCCGCCGAGCUGCCGUAGGCCCGGGCGGAUGGCGGAGGAGCUGCCUCAAAGCCCGCGGCAACGCGAGUUCCUCCGGAGGAGGAAUCUGUCCAGCACCACACUGGAGAUCCUGACACAAGCCACCCUUUUGUUCCAGCGCCCAUGGAGCCACCCCGCAUACCCCCCUGUGCUCUCCCCGCUCGGCCUUGGCAGCCCCCUCGAUGUUUCGGCAGAAGCCACCCCUGUGCCAUGCGUCUCCACGAACACCCGAGGAACUCAGACGCUCACAAGCGCAGGGGUGAAAGACUCGAGCCAGCAGACAGACUGUGGAACAGCGGUUUUAAAUAAGGAAAUCAUACAGCUGUCCAGCUACCUGAAGGAGGCCCUGCACCGCGAGCUGCUGCUGAAGCAGAAGAUGGUGAUCCUGCAGGAGCUGCUCUCCACGCUGCUGAAAGCCUCCGAAAAAUCCUGGCAGGGUCAGCUGAAUGAAGACAAACUGAAGUGCAAACUAAGGGCCCUUGAAAAUCAGCUGCAGGCCUGCACCCAGAGUUACUCAAAGGAGUGCGUGAAGAAGAUCCUGAUAGAGAUGGAGGACCAGAAGCAGACCUAUGAGCAGAAGGCGAAGGAGGCUCUUCAGAAGAUGCUCGAAGACAAACUCCAAGCAGAGCAGCAGCUGCAAAACUCUCAGAGAUGCCUGGAGGUGACGAGGGAGGACCUGGCCCUCUGGAAGGUGCACUACACCACGCUCAAAGCCGAGUGGACCCAGAUGACCAAGACGCAGAGCGAGCUGGAGAGCAACCUCCACAUUCUGCAAAGCAAACUGCAACACACAGCGGCACAGAACGAGCAGCUCCAGCAGGCCCUGGACCGCCUGCAGCAGGAACACGCCGAGCUCCAGCAGCGCGCCAGCGCCCUGCAGGAGGACAACCAGCUCCAAGCUGAGCACAUCAGCACCAUCGAAGGUAAACUGCAAAAAGAACAAAAUCAGAAGCUAACAUUACAAAACCAGAAGCUAUCCUUGGAGGUGACAAUCAGCCACCUACACAACUUGCUGCAGAACCAGACCAACGAGCGGAAAAUGCAGGAAGCGAUGGUGCAAAGGAAAGAUCAGGUUUUCACCACGCAGAGCCCACCUCUCCCUCCUGCCAAGGAAACACAAAAUGCUCUGUUAAAGCACCCUGAGGAGGAGGCAGAAGAAAGCCUGAAGGCUGAGAUGCAGGAAAGGACAUCCCAGCUUACAGCAAAGGAGAACGAGGUAUAUGUGGGCACAGAGGUGGCAGAAGUGAAACUCCCCCAUCACCAGGCUGCCCGUGCACAGGCGAAGAGCCACGGCUGCUGCGGGAGCCCUGCCGGUCUCGGUGUGCCUGGCACCGUGGGGCUCGCUCCCGCUAACGCCCCCGCUAACGUCCCCUUGCAGUGCCAGGAGCUGCGCGCCGAGCUGGAGGCCCUGAGCGAGGAGUACCGCUCCUGCCUGACCAGGCUGCGCCAGUGCCGGGACGAGCUCAACCACGUCCAGAGCAAGCCAGCGAAGAGACAGCGUGGUAACUGGCUCCCUCUUCUGCUGGCAGUGAUAGCAAUGGCCAUGGCUGCCUUCCUCGCAAACUACCGACCAUGAGGCACCUUCUCAGCGACUUCUGUUCAGAACUGACUUCUGCUUCACCAGCAGCAACGAGUGACGCACCUUCUGCUGCUCUUGUACUUACCCUGGUUCGUACCCUGGGCUGGGCUCACUCCAGGCAAACUGACACAGCUCCAAUAAACGCAGGGGGAUUGCCCCUUCCCUUCA